AAUAGACUCGAAAUAACGUCGAAAUACGCGUUCGAAAUCAACUUUGAAUUCCCCUAAUGUCUUCCUCUCCCUCAUCCUCCUUCCUUCUCGAGCCACCUACAAAACGUAAACGAGCAGAACCUCAAUCGGACGACAAUUCUGAUAGUACAACCUCGUCUUCGGAAUCCGAAGCUGAAGAUGCAACUUUACCUCUAUCGCACGCCGAGAAACGACGGCGGAAAAGGAAGGAAAGGCUAGCACAAACAAAGGGAAAGGAACUAAAAGAGCCACUAUCCAAGAAGCGCAAACUUGCAGAUGGAACUGCCUCCUCUACAAAUACAGAAGGAAAACCGCAAAGGCAAAACUCAGUAUGGGUUGGGAAUUUGUCGUUCAAAACAACUCCUGCGGAUCUGCGAACAUUCUUUGAUGGUGUUGGAGAAAUAACGCGGAUUCAUAUGCCCAUGAAACCUGGGACGAGACCGGGAAUGAAGGGAGAGAAUCGUGGGUUCGCCUAUGUUGACUUUGCUACAUCUGAUUCAAAAAUGGUUGCCAUCACCCUAUCCGAAAGGCAUUUAACCGGUAGGAAACUUCUUAUCAAGGACGGAGACGACUUUACCGGGAGACCUGCCAGCCCGUCGGUCGAAGGUCCUGAAAACGAAACUAGUGCUGUCAAAGGAAAAACGUUGUCCAAAACUGCCCGAAAGAUCCUGAACGUCCAGAAACAACCGCCUGCGCCAACCCUGUUCAUCGGUAAUCUGGGUUUCGAAACCACCGAGGAUCAAAUAAAAGAACUCCUCGAAGCGCACAGGAAGAAAUCUAAGAAAGAAAAAGACAGAAAAGUUGAAGCAGCGGGUGAGGGAGAUGAAAUCAAGACUACAAACGAAAACGAGCCUUGGAUACGAAGAGUCCGAAUGGGCACGUUUGAGGACAGUGGACUAUGCAAAGGAUUCGCUUUCGUGGACUUUUCAAGCGUAGACAACGCCACUUCUACCCUAAUUAAUCCUCGGAAUCAUCACCUGAAUGGACGUAACCUCGUCGUUGAGUAUGCUUCUGCGGGUGCUGUCAGAAGAGGGCCCAACAAACAACACGUAGGCGGCGGGGAGGGCAAGCAAAAGCCAUCGAAACCUCGCGACCGUGCUACGGGGAGACCACGUUCACGUCCGGAGCAUAAACCCUCCGAGAAGGAUACCUCUUAUUCGAUAACUGAAGCGUCUGGGACGGACUCUCAGGUCCAGAUCGAUGUACAUGAAGAGGCGGCUGAUACAGGUCAUGAACAGAGGCCUAGGAAGGGCACUGAUGGCCCGCGGCAAAAGGGACCGCGUCACCGACCGAAGCCUGGUGCUGCUCUUGCUCAAGCUAAACGUCAGUCUGCGGCCAUUGUUCCUACGACAGGAAAGAAAAUUGUCUUCUAG